AUGUCCAGCAACUCAGUAAGCUUAGCAAAUGACAGAGCUCAUAAUAGGGAUGGCAUCCAUGAUUAAGACUCUUAAUCUUGGCUUGAACUAAUUCCAUAGAUAAUUUUCAUCCUGUUCAUCAUAUUCCUCGUCAUAUUUGCCGCAUAUGACAGAAACCAGAUAGUGGAUUAGUUUAAUUAGUUUGUUGAAUGGGUCAAGAUAGAGCCAUUGCUUUCUGGACUUGCCAUAUUUGGAAUCUAUGUGUGCCUAGUUGUAUUUGCAUUCCCUAUCUUAUAUAUGACUAUUGCUCUUGGCUUUGCUUUUUCUUAAGCAUUCGAAUCUCGCUAUCUUGCGUUUGCAUUCGGCCUUACUAUGAUCACAUUUUCAGUUAUAUUUGGAGGUGUCAUAGCUUUAUUGCUUUCAAGACACUGGCUUUCCAAGACUAUUAAAAAGCGUUGUCUAGCUAAGCACAGAUCUUUCAUAGCGAUAAAUCAUGUUAUUACCAAAGACGGUUGGAAAACAGUUUUCCUGCUCAGACUGACCCCCUUCCCCUUCUCAGUUGUAUCCUACCUACUUGGCUUGACAAAUUUAAGAGUGAGAGACUUCGUUAUGGGCAGCUUAAUCGUUUCAAUCCAUAUUGCUCUUUGGCUCUAUAUUGGCCAAUCAAUCGAUCACUUUAAGCAGAUCAGAGACUAAAAUAUGGCUGAAGGCGGCAAGAGUCCUAAUGCCUAGUUCUAAUUCUACUUUCUUAUGGCAGAGAUUCUCAUAGCCUUCAUUGUGGGAUUCGUCAUAAGUUACAAGGCAAAGAAAGAGCUCGAUAGAUAAGUGGAACUAGAUAGGGAGGAAGAAGAAAUUGAACUACGUAGAUUCGAUUAACAGAAUCAGUAUGAUAUGGAAUAAAAUGCAACACCUCAGAUACACAAUCAUAGAAAGAUUUGA